AUGUAUUAUACCUGUACCGUUUCUUUAUUUACUACUUAUGAAAUUCAUUCCAGUCUGAUGUAUGCGGUAGAUGGCUCUGAGUCGCGUAGAGCCUGCUACUGGGUUGAACCGAAAAUGGAGAAAGACGAGGACAGGUAUCGUCUGAAGAUAGCAGUUUUGCAGGACUACUAUGAUGCUGUCGCCUUGGUCAGUUUUCGUUGUGCUCCCAGAUGCAGUUUCAUUUUUCAUUUUCUGAAAAUAUGA